GUUGUCGCUCGAAUUCUCCGACUAGAGUCAGCCAGGCUAUAAUAGUCGAGAUAAUAGUAGUACUCUCACUGACGAGCCAGACUCGAUACUCUACAAAAUGGGCAAAGGAUUAUCAAAAUUCGAUUUUUUGAAUGUAGAUGAAUUGGAAAGAAAGAUACAAGAAUUACGUAAAAAUGCUCUAAGAAGAAUUGAUGAAUCUAAUAAGAAACAUGUUCAGGGAGGAGAUUCAUGUAUUCAUAAUGAUGAAGGACUGCAGUUAUUUCUUCAUCAAAUCAAGAACAAGAUGUUACUGGUAGCUGUAGUGGGGGAAGGCAGUUGUGGUAAAAGUACUCUUAUUAAUGCUUUCCUAAGAGAUAAAAUAUUACCAUCAGGAAUUGGAAAAGUUACUGGUUUCAGAAUAUUUAUUGGACAUGAUCCAAAAGUUCAUAAAGAUCCUUGUAAGAGUGGGAACUGUGAUGAAUGCCCAUAUUUGGUCAGAGGGAUUCAAAAACAUGACAUAUUGUGCCAUGGAGUAAAGAAUAUUAAAGCAAGAAUAACAGAAAAAAACCAGGAACUAGAUGAUGAGAAUCGGAAUGAACCCCUUGUUCUCUACACUUAUAUUCCAGUAUUUGAUUCAUUGAGCUCUUCAAGCCAUUGCACACCGUAUUUUGUGGACUCUCCUGGAGUAGAAGUUAUCAAUGAUGAUGUUAAGUCAUACUACAGCAUAUUGUCUGCUAUGAUUUAUGUUGAGAACUACCAAAGACUGUUGCAAAAUGAAGAAAACAUUAAGAAAGAGCUAGGUUGCAAGCCAGAAAAUGCAUCAUUAUUUUUUGCUGUCAGUCAUUUUGACAAAUAUUACACAUCAAGUGAGGACGAGCAAAAUCCUAAUGAAGAGGGUACUAAAGCUAAAGUUGAAUGUGAUAUCGAACUGGUUAAUCAUGAAGAAGUAUUUCCUGUUUGUGGUUUAUGGGCUCUACAUGCACACCUUACACUGAGGUAUCAGGAAAGAGAUCAGAUUUCUCAUGUUGUUGAAGAGGCUUAUAACUGGAUACCCAAAUCAAAAAUUUUUGAUAGAAUAAGUAAUAAAGCUUCAUGCAUUUUGAAUAUUUCAGCCUUUAAAGAAUUAGAGAAAAAGUUAAAACGUUCCAUUAAUGCAACAAAUUUUCAGCAGUGGAAUAUCUUAAUGUACAGACAAUGUCUAGAAUUUUUGGAAGGUCGUAUUCAAGUAGGAGAUUGUGUUUUGCAUAUCAUUGAGUCUAAAAUAUUUGACAGCUUGAAAAAUAUAGAAGAAAUAAAAGUUAAAAUUGACUGUUUAAAGAAUUUGGAAGAAGGAGUUCAAAAAUAUGUUUUAGAAGAAUUGGAAGAAAAUAUAUCACACAUUUUAUUUAGUUUUUCAAGAAGAGUAUCUCCAAAAAUCAAAGAAGGAAUGAGAACGUUUCGUAGCAGCUGUAUAGACAGUGUGAAUAACAAUUAUACAUUUGGACAAUAUUUGGAAGACUGGGAUGUGUUUAGUAAACAAGAUCUUUCUGAUCUAAUUAAGCAAGAGUUGGAUGAUGAAACAAAAAGAUGCAUAGAAGCUUUAGAAUGCAAGCUUCGGGAAAAGUAUAAUAUGUUGGUAAGGCACAUACUAGGACAUGAUCCUCAAAGUAUAACUUUUAUGGUAGAAGCUGAAAUUCAAGAAGUUGAUAGUCAUUCUGUUGGUGAACCUUCUAAAAGUAUAAAGGGUUUUGUCAGUGAUAGAACUAAAGAUAAAAAAUGGUGGAAUUAUUUCCGGGGACUAAUUAGUGCAGGAGUGGGUGUAGUAGUGGGUACAGGUGCUGGAUUUUCAGGCUAUUUGGCUGUUAUGGCUUUACCAGCUGUAGUUGCAGUAGUACCAGCUAUAAUCUCAUCAGGUGCAAUUAUUGCUGGGUUGAGUGGAGCCACUUAUUUUGUAAUGAAAGGAUUAAAGAUCAAAGAUCAGAAUAUGAAACUGAGUGAAGAAGAAGUUAAAAAACUAUGUGACAGAUUGAACUCUGAGAUUACAAACAAGAUGAAACGCAAAUUGGAGAAAGCUGUGAAAUGUACACUGAUUGAUUACAAUAAAUCACUGAAGGCUGAAUAUAAUAGUAAGUGGGGAUCAAAACUAAAUCAAGAUUUGGAAGAAGCCCAGGCAUCACUAGUAAUCAUGCAACAAGAAAAGAUUGAGUUGACACAGGCCCUUGAUGAACUUAAAGAGUACAGUAAAAGUCUUAGAGAUUUAGUUGAAUGAACUUACAUGUGAAUGUGAUUUAGGCUGAGUCUGAUAUAUGAGCUGUGUUAGUAUAAUUACUAUUUUGUAACUAUGCACCAAUAAUAUAGUAUAUUUAGUCAAAUUAAUUGUUACUUAAAAAUUUAAA